UUAUUUAUUUAUUUAUUUAUUUAUCUGAUUUUUCUGAACCAAAAUUAUGACUACAUAUGUAUGCAUUAAAAAAAAAAAAACAGUAGGGGUUUAUGGAGUGAUGAAUUGGCACCCAGUCAAGGGUGUACCCUGCCUGGUGCCCCAACAGUUAUUAGUCUAAUCUGCGUGUCUUUGGACUAUAGAAGAAAACCAGAGCUCCCACUAAGCACACGAAAAACAUGCACACAGAGCUGAGGUGGGACUCAAACCCUCAACCAUGAAUGUGCAAGGCCACAGUGCUAACCACUAGAUAUUAAAAAUGUAGCUACUGCUAGACAACUGGGUCAGAGAAACUCCAAAACUGCAGGUCUUGUUUGAUGUUCCUAGGCUUCAUUGGUCAGGACAUACCAAAAGUGAAGGAAAACUGGUGAACUGGCAACAAGGUCAUGGGUGGCCAAAGCUUACUGAUGGACAUGGGGAGUGAAGGCUGGCCCAUGUAGUCCGAUCCAAUAGAAGUGCUAGUAUAGAUCAAAUUGAGGAAAGGUUAAUGCUGGUUUCAAUAAAGUUAAGGUGUCAGAACACACAUAUCAUUAAUUUUUUGGUGGCAAUACUCAAUACGUAUUAGGCAGGUGGUCAUAAUGUUAUGGCUGAUUAGUGUAAACCUUUCGUUAAAUAUGGCAUUGUCUGAUCAUCCAUUAAAAAAUUUCAUUAUAAUUAUUAUUUUAAUUAUUAUUUUAACCUGUAAUCUAUAUGCUUUAUUUAUAAUCUUGAUAUAUCUUGUAGUUUUUCUGUUGUUACCAUUGCACUAGUAACUUUUGGUAAGUUACUCUCUGUCUACUGACUAUAUGUAAGACAUACAGUGUGCAAUCACAUCUACUAACCGGUCUCUGUCAAUUGCUGCUGGAAAUUUGGAAUUUCCUUUGGGAUCAAUAAAGUAUCUAUCUAUCUAUCUAUCUAUCUAUCUAUCUAUCUAUCUAUCUAUCUAUCUUUAAUUAGUGUGAAUGUUUUUAAUGACUGUAAUGUUCAGGGACAGAGCAAAGUAUUUGCUGCAGUAACUCUCUCUCUCUCUCUCUCUGAGUGUGUGUGUGUGUGUGUGUGUGUGUGUUGCUGAUGCAGGGGCUUCCAGCAUGGCGUCCAUGCAGGUAAAGAAACGGCUUCAGAAAGAACUGUUGGCUUUGCAGAACGAUCCUCCUCCUGGAAUGACUCUUAAUGAGAAAAGUGUAGAGAAUACCAUAACACAGUGGGUCAUUGAUAUGGAAGGAGCCUCUGGCACUCUGUACGAAGGAGAAAAAUUCCAGUUGCUUUUCAAAUUCAGUAGUCGCUAUCCGUUUGACUCGCCUCAGGUAAUGUUUACAGGAGAGAACAUACCCGUCCAUCCUCAUAUUUAUAGCAACGGCCACAUCUGCCUGUCCAUUCUAACAGAGGACUGGUCACCAGCGCUGUCCGUCCAGUCAGUGUGUUUAAGCAUUAUCAGCAUGCUGUCCAGCUGCAAGGAGAAGAGACGGCCUCCUGAUAACUCCUUUUAUGUAAGGACGUGUAACAAAAACCCAAAGAAGACUAAAUGGUGGUAUCAUGAUGACACUUGUUGAUGCUGAACUUGACAUCAUGUUUAGAAAGAAGUUCCUGCUGACCUACAUUAGCACUUUUUAAACUCUGAACUUUAGCCUCGGACUGAAAAUGGAGGACGUGAACUUUUACUCAAGGACCAGCAUUACGAUAACGACAAAAUGGCUUCAGUUAAAGUGAAGAUGUCAAGAAUUAACACCUGAAGAGGAUUGACCGAAGAAGGAUCCCGGAUAAAGCAAUGAGUCUCGAUUCCAUUUUUUAAUUAUGGGUUUCUUAGCUAUGUCUCAAAUCGCAUGCUUCCAUAGUGCACCAACCCCUUUUGGCGUGAGCAGCGAGCAUUGCUUGGGACCCUUGUUGAGUCAGGCAUCUAGGUUAGCCUCCUGGCUUAGUGCUUUUAUAAUUUAUAAUUAUAUGACUCACUUUGUCAGACUUAAAAACGAAUCCGACUUAAGAACAUGCUCCCAGAAUGGAACUUGUUUAGAAGUCAGGGACUUACUGUGGUAAUAAUAAUAAAAAUGGAAAAAUAGGAGGGGGAGGCGGACAUCUUGCAUUUGUCCAUCUUUAGCAUUUAGCCCUUGUUUGUUGGGGAGGGGAAUCUAGUAUUCUGCUUCUGUGCUAUAUAUAUAUAUAUAUAU